AUGGCAGAGAUUCUUAUGAGCGGUGCAACAGGAAUCUUGAAAAAGCUGGUGGGGGUUGUUUCUGAGGACAUUGCUUUGGCUUGGGAUGUCAAAGAUGAUUUGAAGAAGCUUCAAAGUACCUCGGAAAUGAUUCUAGCUGUGAUUGCCGACGCAGAGAAGAGGCAAGAGAAGGAACAACUUGUAAGACUCUGGUUGAUAAGGCUCAAAGAUAUUGCUUAUGAUGCUGAUGAUGUGAUUGACGAGUUCUCUUACGAGGAUAUGCGUCUUCGUCGCAAUAGAGAGGAUAGCUCCAAGCAUAAGAAAAUCAAAGAGAUUAACAAAAGAUUAGACGAAAUUACCAAAGAUAUGGCUAGGUUCCGGUUGGAAAUUACUACACCUACUCCUGAUGGUGAUAGUACUGGACAACUGGACCGGCAAUUCACAUCCCAUGUUAACGAGUCAGAAAUUGUUGGAAGGGAGUAUGAUGAAUCCCAAAUCAUAAAACUUUUAACAACCAAUACCACAUCGUCAUCGUCUUCUGUCAAUCCUAAUCAAUACCCUGAAAAGAUUUCUGUAAUAUCCAUAGUGGGUAUGGGGGGGUUAGGGAAGACGACACUUGCACAACUCGUGUACAAUGACGAGUUGGUAAAGAAAGUGUUUGAGCUAAGAAUGUGGGUUCAUUUCUCAGAAAAUUUUGAUAUUGAAAUCAUCUUAGUAAACAUUAUGGAGUCCAUUACUGAAACUAACUUCCAUAAGCUUUCAAAUUUCUGUGUACUUGUAAAUAAAGUUCAAGAAAAGUUAAGCGGGAAGAAAUAUUUGUUAGUACUAGACGAUUUGUGGAACGAGGAUUCAGAGCAAUGGGGGAUCCUCAUGUCUGUGCUGCUCGCUGGUGCUCCAGGGAGUAAAAUAUUAGUCACUACACGUUUGAGUCAAUUAGAAGAUGAUGCCUGUUGGUCUAUUAUCAAGCAAAAAGCCUUUGCUCCUGGUGGAGCCUUAAAUUCUAUGAAAAUGUCAGAGAUAGGGAAACAAAUAGCUAAAAAAUGUUGUGGUUUACCACUUGCAGCAAAAUUUCUUGGAAGUUUAAUGCGCUUAAAGAAUAAAGAAAAUGAUUGGAUAUCCAUUAGGGAUGAUGAUAUCUGGAAUACUCCAGAAAGCAAAAGAAAAAUCCUUCCAGUACUAGAAUUGAGUUAUAAUAACUUGCCAUCACAUUUGAAACAAUGUUUUUCUUAUUGCUCAAUAUUUCCCAAGAAUUGGGAGAUUAAUAAAGAAACUUUGAUUCAACUCUGGAAGGCAGAAGGAUUUAUUAAACAAUCAUAUGUAGGAAAUAGAAAAUCGAUUGAAGAUUUUGGAAAUGAGUAUUUUGAAAGUCUGGUGUGGAGAUCCUUUUUCCAAAUUGUACAGAAGGACGGUGUAGGCGAUAUAAAGUGGUGCAAGAUGCAUGAUCUUGCAGAAGAUGUUCUUGGGGAAAAUGAAUUGGUAGCUCUUAAGGGAAGUGAGUUUGAAGUUGUUACUGAAGUUCGUCGGUUACAAUUAAAUUUGGAUGAAGACAUAUCAGCUACAUUUAUGAAAAGCUUAAGUUGUGCGAAGAAGUUGCGGACAGUUUCUGUCCUGCAGGGCUCAAACCCUGAUCCUUCUAUAUUCUCAAAAAAUCAUCAAUUACGUAUCUUACAUGUGGGUUUUCCAGGAAGUUGUUAUUUGCUAAAGGUGCGUUCUUUGAGUUUCUUCAAGCUGAGACAUUUAAGGUACCUUCGGCUUACCUCACUUAAUCUUAGUGAAGCUGUUUAUGAUCAAUCCAUCAGUAAGCUCUAUAAUCUGGAGACGUUGGUUUUGAAUAGCAUUGGUCCCUAUCAUUGUGUUAAAAAUCUUCUUACGAACAGUCAAUCAUUAAACAAAUUAGGACAUCUUGAGGUUUCUUUCACAGACAUGGACGAGCUACCUGAUUCCGUCACAAGUCUUUGUAAUUUGCAUACAUUGGAUCUCAAUAAUUGCGAAUUAAAAUUCAUUCCUGAAUCCAUCUCUAGUUUAAAAAAUCUAAAGUCUCUAAAUUUGUCAGUCAACCCCAUCAAAGAGUUACCUGCUUCUGUUCUUACUCUUUCCAAUUUACAAACCUUAAACGUCAAUACCUGCAAAAAUUUGAUAUCCUUACCCAAGUGUGUGGCGGAUCUUGCUAAUCUGAAGGUAUUCAGUUUUACAAAUUGCCCGUUGCUGGAAGCGCUACCCGAAGAUUUUGGAGCAUUAAUUCAGCUAAGGUCCCUUAACUUAUUAGGUACUAGAAUCAAAGUGUUACCUGAGUCUUGCUCAAAGCUUAACAAUCUUGAGAUCAUGAGUCUUUUCAAUUGUGAGUUUCACAUAGAUGUUAAGUAUUUGACAAAACUCAAAAGACUUUUGUACAACUCGGAGGAGUUGGGAAACCUAAACUUUCUUACGCAGCUGCUUAUUAAUAAUCUUCAGAAUGUGAAAGACCCGAUUGAUGCUGAGAGAGCAAACUUGAAAAGAAAACAGAACCUUUAUAAAUUGUUACUAAGUUGGAAUGCAAUGGAAGAAGAAGAGUUGGACAUGAUUAGGUGGGACCAGAAAUCGUGUAAUUUUCAGGUAUUUGAAGCUCUCCAACCUCCCACUGGUUUGAGAGAAUUGGGCAUUUAUAACUUCAAGGGGUGUGACCUUCCCACGUGGAUGUGUGAUCCCUCUGGUACUCUUAUGAAUCUGGGUAUCUUGACACUUCAUAACUGCAAAGAAAUUAAGCAACUUGCGGCAGCUAUUGGGCAACUCCCACGUCUGCAGACUAUUUCUCUUACACAAAUGUCCUUGAAGAGUCUAGAUAUUGGCGGAUUUCGUUCCUUAAUUAAUCUCGAUCUUACUGAUAUGCUCCUCUUAGAAGAAUUGGGUUGUUCAUAUCCUUCUUCUCUUCCCGAUCUGAGGAUUACUGGCUGUAAAUUUCUUACAGAAAUCCCUUCAUUUCCUCUUCUGGGGAUAUUGGUAUUAGACAACAUCCACCACAAGUUAGUAGGUUCAGUUGGGAGAAGCCAGACAUCUCUCAAGCAGCUAUCUUUGGAUAAUAUUGAGGAGCUUAUAUACUUCCCAAUAAGCAUACUUGAAAACAAUUGUAAUCUUCAUUUUGUGAGAACUAAAUGCUGCAAUCAGUUGGAAGGCUUCGGUGUAAUUAAUGAUGAUGAGAAGAAGAAGAACGUGGUUGCUCCAUAUGACCCUAAUCUCUACAGGGUCUCUCUUCAGAAUUUGGUUUCGAUUGAUUGCCCAGUUCUUAAGUAUCUUCUGGACCUGCGAAAUUGUACUUCUCUUCGGGAUUUAUUCAUCUUCAAUUGCCCACAAGUGAAGGGAUCUUUAUCCUAUGAUCUCAAAUCCCUCCAAUUUCUUAAAAGUUUGCAUGUUGAUUUUAUUCAGAGAGACGAGCGGCAAGGAGAUGUAACUGAUAAGCAUGCGAAUUGGUUUGAUUCUUUAUUUCUUGGUUGGUUUGUUCUACUACGAUCAUCUACUGCAGCCUUGAGCCUCCUGGUGCGUAGCCCUAAGAUUUUGAACUGGUUGCAAGAAUUUGACUUGAUACCUGUACAUUCUUUCCAAGAUUCGAUGGAUUUUCCUUCUAUUCAUUUUGCAGGUGCAUGGACGGCUGAGAAAAGAUAUAGACCGAAAGAAGAUGAUACAGAUAUGAUCUGCCUUCCUGUCAUUGAAUUUAAGUCCAACUCCCCUUUCUUGCUGAGCCUCCUGUGUGCUUCUAUUGUUAAAGCUGGUAGGUUCAUGGAAGUUCCCCAACUGACAGUCUCCAACAGGCCUAGUGCUUCCUCCUCUGCUGGGGACGAAGGAGGCGAGGGUCCAGCUUUUUGCUCCUUUGCAGCAGUUCCCUGA